AGACUGGGUAUAACGACAUGCAGCCCAGAUCAAUCAUCAAUAAACAUCGUGAGGGCAGCAACGGAUCUGUUUAGUGACGACUGUCAAGAUUUUUGGAUUCUGUCUGGAAGCAGACUACAUCAUGGUUUAAACGAGAAAGAUUACAAUCUUAAUUUACAUAGUCUAAAAGUAGACAGCAGGGUCGGUAUUCAGGUUACCCAAAAUGGUCACCUAGUUUUUUAUGCCGACGGUAUGUGCAUGGGUGCAGCAGCUUCUGACAUUCCCACAAAGAAACCAAUCUAUUGUAUAUUUGAUAUUUAUGGCAGAACUAAAGUUGUUUCCAAGGAGCUAUUUCAAGGUAAAUGCAUCGAAAGAAGUGCAUACCAUUAACAUUUUACAAACGUUUUGAUAAAUAAAGUAUAAUAAAACAAUUAUUCCUGAGAAAGAGUUUAUUCUGCCUUGGAAUCAACAUGUAACCCCACUGAUAAGGAAAGACACGUACAAUGAAACUCUAAGAAGUCCUCUAGAUAGUUUUGAACUUAUAGAUAUCCAAUAAAAAUACAAUUAGUUUACACUGUAGUAAGACUGGACCAGUAUGAGAUGGCAUGUGAUACACUUCCAGGAAGAACAGUGUAGAACUGAUCAUAGUUAUCCAGUACAGAUUAAUUUAGUUUAGUUCAUACAAUUUCUACUAACUUUGGAUAGUUCCAUGGCAUUGAGAUAUUCUUUGUUCCACCUACAGCUGAAAAACUAGAAGAACUUUGCAAGAAAAAAGUAAAGAAACAUGUUAAUGACCAAGAUGUGGACAAACUGUUUUUACCAAAAUACAUGCUAGAAGACAUUAAAAAAAUGAGUAAACCGGACUCGUAA